GGCCGCCCAGGGACUUUGAACAUGUCGAGGAUCGCCCUCAGCAGACUUGCCCAGGAGAGAAAAGCUUGGAGGAAGGACUAUCCCUUUGGCUUUGUGGCUGUCCCAAUUAAGAAGCCAGAUGGCAUGAGGAACCUGAUGAACUGGGAAUGUGCCAUCCCAGGAAAGAAGGGAACUCCAUGGGAAGGAGGCUUGUUCAAGCUGCAGAUGCUCUUCAAAGGUGACUAUCCAUCCUCACCACCAAAAUGUAAAUUUGAGCUAUUGCUAUUUCACCUGAAUGUGUACCCUUCUGGUACAGUUUAUCUGUCCAUCCUGGAGGAGGACAAGGACUGCAGGCCAGCCAUCAGGAUGAAGCAGAUUUUAUCAGGAAUACAGGAACUUCUAAGUGAAUCAAACAUCCAAGACCCUGCUCAAGCAGAGGCCUACACGAUUUACUGCCAAAACAGAGUGGAAUAUGAGAAAAGGGUUCGAGCACAACCCAAGAAGUUUGCACCCUCAUAGACAGAGACCCUGUGGCAUC